UGUCAUCAAGCUGUCAUCGAUUCUAUUAUCUCGGGCAGCCUGAACAGAAAAUUAAUUUAGCGUUCUCGAAUAAAUUGACAAUAUGAGUCGUGCAUUUAAAAACUGUUCAAACUUAAUGGUCACCGGAGCCAGUCGAGGCCUCGGACUGCAGAUAGUUGAGAGUCUAGUAACGGGAGGCUUCUCUCCCGGGAAGAUUAUCGCUACUGCUCGGGAUCCAGAUGGAGCCAAGGAAUUGCAAAGAUUGGCUGACGAGUAUCAAAACAUACACAUUAUUAAACUGGAUGUCAUCAGUCAAGAGAGCAUAGAAAGAGCUGCAUCUGAGGUGGAACAGCUAGUUCAAGAGGAGGGUCUCAACUGUCUCAUCAACAAUGCUGGAAUUAAUGUGGUAGCAAACCUAGAGACAGUCACUGCAGACAAGAUGUUGGAAAACUUCCAUACCAACUCUGUUGCACCGUUGAUGAUCACCAAGGCCAUGCUUCCACUGCUGAAGCGAGCAGCUGCAAAGGGAACCGGGAUGGGCAUCCACAGAGCAGCAGUCAUCAAUAUGACAUCACUGCUGGGUUCAGUUGAGCUCUACUGGGGUGAUCGUGCCAACACUUUCAAAUGGUAUCCCUACAGAACAUCAAAGAGCUGUACAUGGAAGACAGACAUGGUUUUCUUUCCCACUUUGAUUCUGUCCUUUGGAGAAAUCCAACUGCUAUUCUCAGAGGAAGUGGAGUAUAGUAUUUUGAGCAUAUCUGCUGUCCUUUUCCUUAUAGCCUUCUGUCUUUUGACAUGGCUGAUUUACCGCUACUGUGCACGGUUUCCUGUUUUACAAACAGCCGUGAAUAUUUUGUCAGCAGAUGGCCCGUCGGCUAAAAGCGGAGGUUUCCAGUAUGCUACACAAACACAAAACUCUAAGACGGAGGUUCAUUAUGAGGAACUGAGCCACCGAGUGUCCCCUGGCACCUCUUGCACCAACCUGGGAAGUAGUUUAGACCAGGAUAGCAUGGCUGCUAUCCUGGAUGUUGAAGAGGAUCACAUCCAGGGAUCUCUGCGAUUUUCACUGUUCUAUGAUCAGCUGCAGUCCAGACUGGUUGUGACGGUACUGGACGCCCAAGAUCUGGCUGUGCGAGACUUCAGUCACAGUGUGGACCCUUUUGUUUGGGUGAGGUUAAUAUGGGCAGAGAGUGAAGAUGAGGAGCAGUGUCCACUGCACAGUGUGCUGGACGAGUGGCAGACGCGUCUAGUGAAGAAGAGCUCCUGUCCUGUGUUUGGAGAUCAGUUCUCUUGUUCUCUGGCUGAGGAAGAAGUAUCAAGAGUCACUGUUAGAUUUGAGGUUAGGGACUUUGAUAAAUACUCAAGACAUGGAAUUCUGGGAGAGGCUCGUGUUCCCCUGAACAGUCUGAAGAUGUCAUAUCCACUGGAGUUAAGACAGGAUCUGCAAGUACCCAAGAAAGAUAUGGUUGGUGAGGCGCUGCUCUCCCUGAAAUACUUGCCCACAUCUCAGAGGCUGGAGGUGGGAGUGUUGAAGAUCCGUACAGUCUGUCAUUCAAAUAAAACUGAGAGAGCUAUUUAUGCCAGAAUCAGCAUCAUCUGCAACCAGUGCAAACUUCGACAUCAGAGGACAACACAGAAGAUGUGCUGGGAGGUGACUGUGUUUAAUGAGGUCCUGACCUUUGUGCUGCCAGAUCAACAUAUAAGAGAGUGCUCCAUUAUAGUGUCCGUUUUCGAACUUCAGCCUUCAAAGAAGUCCUCCAAGCGCUUGAUUGGUAACAUCCACCUCAAAAAGGACAAGUCCUCCGAGAAUGAGCACUGGAAGCUGAUGAUGCAAUCACUACGACAGCCAAUCGCUAAGUGGCAUUUAAUCCUCAUCUGAAUAUUGACCCACAUACACGCUCACAUUUCCCGAGGUGGGAGGUCGAACUUCCGACUUUAGAGUGUGUUUUCAGGUUGGAGUGUGGAAACAACUUGCGCUGUCAGCCUUCACAUAUUAAUGUACACAUGCACAUAUUAAUCAGGAAAAUAAUAUUUUCUAAUCAAAUUGAUACAAUGUUGUCUUGUAAAAAUAAUUACAACCUUCUGAAAGUGACAAAUAAAACAAAAUUUAAAACAAAUCUGUGGAAGUUAAAGGCAAUGGUGAGUUGAACCAAAGCAUUUAAACAAGUAAUUUCCCAACAAUUAAAUGUGUUAUAUAGCCCAUUUAGACAUUCUCUUAUGCUGACAACAAUGGAACACUUGGGACAGAUGUCUUUGAAGAUUUAUUUAUUUGCACAAAAGACCAAAGCAAUGUUUUAAGUGUGAAAAUAAUGCAAAAUUAACAGAGAAAUUCAAAUGAUUUGACAAAUGAUGUCCUUGAAACAAUGAGGCCUUCACUUUAAGUUAAACUACAAUAUGUUUUUUUUUUUCUGCCGCUAGGGGUCGCUAACCUCUUACAAUAACAAAGGUGGAGGUUGAUGACGCAUUUGCGGAAUUAUGGAACUUGUCAUGCAUAUGGAUCUAAUAAUGUUUAUGGAUGAGUGAAUACAUUUAUCUUUUUUAAUAUGA